GACUGCUCAAGAAAACACCUAGCUGUACAAAUAUCUCACAUAUCGCCUGCCCUUCCCUGGGCUUAAAGGUUCGUGGGCCAUCGCGUCAAAUCUCUCAUGUUUGCUUUCUCGGGUAAGCUGCCAACAUCAUGCCACCAUAUGUCCCAUUCCAGUGUCCAGUCCCAGCGCAUGGGCUACAUGAAUACCAGGGACAGAAUCAUGUCUGUCGACAUCCAGCUCUAAGCCCACUGCCCUCUUCUAAAAGACAGAUUGACGAUGGUGAUGAUGAUAUCCAGUUCAUCUCUGAGAAGCCAGUGAAGAGACACAGGUGCAACGAGCAGCGGUCUGUCAUUCCUGCGCAUCAUGUUCCAGAUAAGGCUGCUGUGGCAGUGGAAACACCUGGCAGUGAAGUGAAAAAUACAGAAAGGCGACUGAGUACAGGAAUGGUCAAUCUCCCUCACGACAUCAGUGCAAUGGAACUUGCUUAUGCCCUAAAAGGGGUAUCGAUGCCAGUUCUAGAGAAUUUCGCGUUUGACCAGCCUGCUCGCAAACCUCGACCGCUGAGCCCCCCUGAGCUCUCACCAAAACAACUUCCGUUGACAGCCUCUCCAAGUAUGCUUAAUGUCCGAGACGAUCGAGCUGUGGCUGGAAUGUCUAGCUUGGAGAAGCAUUCAGACUCUCAUACACUGUGUGCGAGCUCGAGUCAUACUUCUUGCCAAACGGAGACACCGGCAAUGGUACCAGAUCUCAGGAACAUCUUACCUAAUGCUCAGCAAACUCAUGCUUUGGAAGCGUUUAUCCAACUAGGCAGUUGUACUAGCCCAGUCCCUUUCAUUCAUCCCAACAAUGACACGAGCUCUGGAUCAAAUGCUACACACAUGCCCUUCCCCCCUCAUGAUCUCUCUCCCAAGGCGUUUCGUAACGCACCAUGCUGGGAAAAUAGCAACUCAACAAUGUCCGAAAGGCACUAUAAGCACAACAUUCCGAACCCUUCUGAGAAGCAUCCGUGUCAAGUAUGUAUCCGGUUGAGAAAUCAAACUCAACUCUCACGAGCGCAAGGCCUGCCGAUAAUAAACUCGGGCCUAGCUCCUCAUGUCAUACCGCAGCUACAGUGUCACACCGCCUAUGGUCAACAUCUCCCUCCACAUAUGGUCACAAUGCCCACGAGCAAUGUGCAUCGAUUUGGACCGAAUUUCGCGCCCGUGAUGACGCCUGUGAUGACGCCAGUGAGUAGCAGCGGGUUCGUCUCUAUACCGACUCAUCCACAGCCUCAACACCUGCCACAACAAGCAGCUUCCCAACAGCAGAAAGUGAUCGAGGCUGGAAAUCAGUCAGCUCCAGGACAUCCCAACAUGAAAAAACCAUCUCAAACGAUAAAGGCGAAGGUUACAGAGACUAGCUCUAAUACCUCACCGAAACCCUUGCAUCUACCCGCCUCUCUCAUUCAGCCCAACUAUCGCAAACGUUCGCCCAAUCUAAUUGUCGACGUAGCUGAGACAUGUCAAGAGAAAUUUCCAUUCGAGGAAGUCGCAAAGCGACACAAUGUGACUAUAGACAAGGUAUUCGACAUCUUUGCUGCAAUCAUUCAAGUGCCCCUCCUACGAUGUCCCAAGGAUCGUCGAAGACAGGGGAAGCUUGCCACUGCGCGAAUUAAGGAGUACAACAAAGCUAAGAAAGACAUUCAAGAUUCUAAAAACAGCGGCGCGAGGGCUGAGGGAGCGAUUGAUUCUACGGAAAUUGCCGCAAGGUUAGGGCCAGUGGAGUUUCCAGGAUGAUGCACACUGUGGACGAAAGUUCACGAACGGGAUGAGAGCUGAGGAUAUUCAUAAUAGUACGGUCAGGCAA